AUGGAUUUGCAUAAGCCAGCACACGUUGUUCUACUCUCCAGCCCAGGCUUAGGACAUCUCAUCCCAAUAAUCGAACUCGGCAAACGCUUCCUCACCCACCACAACUUCAAAGUCACAAUCCUCGCCAUCACUUCCCAAACCUCACACACUGAAUCCCAAAUCCUCCAAUCAGCCACCAAUCCCUCCCUCUACACCCUCAUCCAAAUCCCAUCACCAAACAUUUCCUCCCUCCUCCCACCCUCAGCCGCUGUCUGCAGCCGCAUCUUCCUAACUGUGCGCCUCUCCCUACCUUCCAUCAAAUCCAUCCUCACAAACUUACCCGUCCCUCCUUCCGCACUCAUCGUCGACAUAUUUGGAACAGAAGCUUUAGCCUUAGCACAACAACUCAACAUUUCGAAAUUCGUCUAUGUAGCUUCACAUGCAUGGUUUCUUUCCCUCUUGGUCUAUUCUCCAGUUUUGGACAAACAAAUUGAAGGACAAUACAUUGACAAGAAAGAACCGUUCGAAAUCCCGGGUUGUAAACCGGUUCGACCCGAGGAUUUAGUUGAUCCAAUGCUGGACCGGAACGACUUGCAGUAUAAAGAGUAUAUUGCCUCAGUGGAAAACCUCUCCAAAAGCGACGCCGUUUUAGUUAACACGUGGGAUGAUCUUCAACCUAAAGAAUUGAAAGCACUAAAUGAUGGAGAUUGUGAAUUAUCAGGUUUGUUGAAAGUUCCUGUAUUUUCUGUUGGACCACUGGUGAGACAAACCGAGUCAGAAACGAGUCAAGACACUGAGUUAAUGAUUCAAUGGCUUAAUAAACAACCGAAUGAAUCUGUGAUUUACGUUUCGUUUGGAAGCGGUGGAACGGUGUCGUAUGACCAGACGAGGGAAAUAGCUUUCGGUUUGGAGUUAAGUAAACAGAGAUUUGUUUGGGUGGUGCGCGCGCCCACGGGAGAAGCUGCGGACGCGGCGUUUUUCACCACCGGAUCAAAUAACGGGCUUGAUGAGAAUAAGAUAGGGAAGCAUUUACCUGAGGGGUUUUUACAGAGGAUUAAGAAUGUGGGUUUAUUAGUAAAUGAGUGGGCCCCACAGGUAACCAUUUUGAAACAUCCUUCUAUUGGUGGUUUUGUUUCGCACUGUGGUUGGGGUUCUGUUCUUGAGAGUUUGACCAACGGUGUUCCGAUUAUAGCUUGGCCACUUUAUGCGGAGCAGAAGAUGAAUGCGACAAUGCUUGCGGAGGAGCUUGGAGCGGCGGUGAAGACUACCGUGAUGCCGACGAAGAAUGUGGUGGGGAGAGAGGAGAUAGCAAGGUUGGUGACAAAUUUGGUCGGACAAAAUGGGGAAAGCAACCACCGUAUGAGGGAUAGAGUGAGAGAGAUUAAAGUGAGUGCAGAGAAAGCUUUGUGCCAGGGUGGUUCUUCGUACAAUGCAUUGUCUAAAAUGGCAAAAGUAAUUGAGAGAGGAGAAUCUAUUUGCGCAUCAAAAAACGUGGAGGCAAACAAGGGAUGA